GUCAGAGUGCAGGCAGUGGGAGGCGGCCGCCGCUGCUGCUGCUGCAGGAUUCAGGGGGCAAAACAUGGACAGUCAAGGGAAGAAAGUCGUGGUUUGUGACAAUGGAACCGGGUUUGUCAAGUGCGGCUAUGCAGGCUCCAACUUCCCCGAACACAUCUUCCCAGCGCUGGUUGGCCGGCCAAUCAUCCGCUCCACCGCCAAAGUUGGAAACAUUGAAAUUAAGGACCUGAUGGUGGGGGACGAGGCCAGCGAGCUGCGCUCCAUGCUGGAGGUGAACUACCCGAUGGAGAACGGCAUCGUCAGGAACUGGGACGACAUGAAGCACCUGUGGGACUACACCUUCGGCCCGCAGAAACUCAACAUCGACUCGCGCGACUGCAAGAUCCUCCUGACGGAGCCGCCCAUGAACCCCACCAAGAACAGAGAGAAGAUCAUAGAGGUGAUGUUUGAGACGUACCAGUUUACAGGAGUUUACAUCGCCAUCCAGGCCGUGCUGACCCUCUACGCUCAAAGACUGCUGACCGGUGUGGUGGUCGACUCCGGCGACGGCGUCACUCAUCUGUCGGUGUACGAAGGUUUCUCGCUGCCACACCUGACCCGACGCCUUGACAUCGCAGGGAGGGACAUCACGCGCUACCUCAUCAAGCUGCUGCUGCUGCGAGGCUACGCCUUCAACCAUUCGGCGGACUUUGAGACGGUCUGAGUUCUACAAGCACAUCGUCCUGUCCGGAGGCUCCACCAUGUACCCCGGUCUGCCAUCCCGCCUGGAGCGCGAGCUGAAGC